AUGACGGCCAUCCCCGAAACCCAAACCGCAGCAGUGCUCCCCCCCUCCGGCGCAACCGCCGAUGCCCUCCUCCAGAUCAAAACAGACCACCCCGUGCCGUCCCCCGGCGAGGGAGAAAUCCUCGUCAAGAUCGAGUAUUCGGGGGUCUGCCAUUCCGAUGUGCAUAGUAUUCGUGGGGAAACGCCGAUGUUGACCGAUGUGGCGGGUCAUGAGGGGGUGGGGAAGGUUGUUAUGGUGGGUAAUGGGGUUAAUGAGCAGGAGUGGAUUGGGAGGAGGGUUGGGAUUAGUUCCUGUUUGAACUGUGAGAUUUGCGCGGUGAACAAUACGGCGUGUCCGUAUCAGAAGAAUGCGGGCGCGAAUGUACCUGGGACUUUUCAGCAGUAUAUCGUCAGUCCUGCGAUUCAUGUCACGAAGAUCCCCCCAGAGAUUGCGCCAGAUGUAGCUGCGCCGUUGCUGUGUGCGGGAAUUGCAAUGUACUCAUCGAUUAUGAAGACGAGGACACGACCGGGCGACUGGAUCGUUCUCCCGGGGGCUGGUGGUGGUCUGGGACAUAUGGGGGUUCAGAUUGCAGUCAGAAAAGGACUGAAAGUCAUUGCGAUUGAUAGUGGCGAAAAGAAGAAGGAGCUGUGUCUUGCUCUCGGAGCCACCGCUUUCUUUGAUUACAAGAUCGACAAUAUCGAAAAGGAAGUGAAGAAACUAACAGGUGGACUCGGAGCUCAUGCGGUAAUCUGCACCGCCAAUAGUGAACCGGCAUACGCGCAGAGUAUGCGAUUGCUUCGCAGCCUUGGGGUUCUGGUGUGCGUGGGCAUACCCAGUGUUCCGUUCAGGCUACCAGCGACUCCGUUUGAUAUGAUUGUUAAAGGGCUUACUAUUGUGGGGAAUUCUGCGGGUACGGCAAAGGAGAUGGACGAGUUGAUGGAGAUGGCUGUCGCUGGUGACGUGCGGGCCCAUAUUGAGUGCUUUGAGCUUGAUCAGAUCAAUGAUGUGGUGAUGCGACUUGGACGGUCCGAGAUUGAUGGGAGAGCUGUAGUGAAGAUUCCGGAAUAGACGACUUCCUCGUUCACUGGGAAGGAUUGUUUGGUCUUCUGAGAUAUACGGUGUUUCUGAAUAUCAAAAAUUCAAGUGAUAGUCUCUGUAGUCUCAGCUGGUAAUAAGAUCAGAGGUAUGGGGAAGGGCAUGCUCAGGUAUCCAUCCAACCUUUGAGAGAGUGGAGUAUGAAGUUCACAAGUUUGACCCGCUAAGCGCGGUACACCAUAUUGGCAUUGCACUCUAAUUGAGGGCUCCACUGAGACAGUCUUGUCGGAUUCGGUCGAGAGCAGAGUGGCACGGAGAAUGCG